UAUCCCCCGAAGUGACGAGAACCGAUUUCUCCGUCUUAUUUUCAUUCUUCCCGCGCUCGUCGUUCUCCCUCCCGUGCCUCGAGGAUUACCGACCGCCGGUUGUCCCCCUAAGGAGAAAAAUCAGGAAAACCCGAUCUUGCGACGACGCCCGGGCAACUGGUCGCUCCUUGCCGGUCCAACCUGACUUACCGGCCAUUCGACAUGCCUCGCUGGCGAUCCUGAAGGAAGAGCACCGAAAUGGGUCCAACAGCGACGUGGUUGCUGCUACUAUUAGCGGCAGCGUAUAGCGGUGCAGUAGCGACGUCCCCUUGUCCAUGGACAACGCAAAUACCGGAACUUGAUAGCUCCUGCAUUUGUGACUAUAAUCUAGCGAAGGAACUAUCGAUACAAUGCGACAACGUAAAUUAUAGCCAGCUUGUAUCGGCAAUGCGUCGAUACGCGGCAAAAGUCAACGUAGACCUCUUCUACGUGAACAACAGCACAAUAGGCGCCCUUAAUAACGGGUCGCUGUCCACCCUGAGGAUCAACAAUAUUCAGCUGUCCGGGUGCCGAAUCAAAACUAUCAGCAAAGACACCUUCAAAGGUCAAGAGAACUCCUUGAAGACGCUAAACCUGAAGCACAACGAGCUCUCGGAAGUCCCCACGGAGGCGUUGAGGUCUCUGCGCAAUUUAACCGUCCUUGACUUGUCGAUGAACAAAAUCACCAGGGUAGAAGAAAAUGCUUUUGGUGAACUGAAGCUGAUGACGCUAAAAUUGUCCGACAACGAGGUCACCCUUGUCCCCGGGUCAUUCCGGGGUUUGGAAAAUACCCUUAAAAACCUGAACCUGAAGGGAACGCGACAGAAGAAGAUUCCGGAGGCCCUCAGGGGUUUGAAAGCUUUGGCCUUUCUGGAUCUGUCGCAAAACAGCUUGCGGGAGCUUCCAGGGUCUGCUGGUGAACGAGCUUUCGAAGGAUUGGAUUCCCUAACGGGGCUCAAUCUCGAAAGGAAUUUUAUCCAAAACAUUGGCUCAAAUGCCUUCCACGGUGUUAAGAACACUUUGAGCUCCCUUAGUCUCCUCAACAACGUCCUACCUGAUUUUCCCACCGGUGCUAUCAAUAGUGUGCAUGAUUUAAAGGUGCUGGAUAUCGGUUUCAACCUAAUUACUGAAUUACCGGUUAUUGCCUUUCAAAACAACCCAUCCAUAACUUUGCUCGCCAUCGACGGAAACCCGUUGACGACGGUAUCUGAGGCAGUUCUGGCUCGCCUAAACGGAACUUUACGUGGCCUGAGUCUCGGCGGACGGUUCCUGGUGUGCGACUGCAAGCUGAGAUGGAUCGUCGAAUGGAUUCGCACGAAAGAUUUACAGGUUACAAGUCGAGAGCGUAAACCACAAUUCUGUGGAGCUCCCCUGCGUCUGCAAGACAGAAGUUUUUACAACAUCAACCCAGAAGAGAUGACCUGCGAAAAAACUCCGGAAAUAAUCGGCAUAGGCACAGUGGAAAGCGUGGAUACCAAAGAACCAACGGGUCCCGUAGACGGAGUCGCGGAAAUGCAUUUACCAACAACUCGCGUUCCAACCAGCACGUUGAGUGCCACAACAGUGGCUACAACAACGUCCGUAGCGACCACGUCCCCAACUACGACGAUAUACAAGAGGACGGAACCGCCACCUCCACCACCAACAACAACUAUGAGCACAACUGCAAGACCAACUGCUAGCCGAACUGGAAACGUAGUCAUAAUGCGAACCACUAUACCUCCGUCGAGGCACAAUCAAGAUCUGGGCUCGUUGCAAAACCAUCCCAAACCACCACUGGUCAUCGGGUCUCCGCUUUACAAGACUAAAUCUGCCAACAAGGAUAUCACUGUAAAAGAUGUCCUCAGGCAAGACAACGCGGUCGUUAUUUACUGGGACACCGACGAGCCUAAUAUCCUUGGUUUUCGAGUAAUCUACCGCUUAUUUGGAGAUUCGACAUUCAAGCAGGCCCCGCCUCUGGAGGCUAGUGAACGCGAAUUCAAGAUUAAGAAUGUGCCCUCCCAGGAAUGUAUCAUAGUCUGUGUUGUUUCCCUAGAGGAAACCAACGUCACGCCUGCGAAUGUUCCGUACAAUCAAUGCAGAGAAGUGAGGACAGAAAAUUCGCUAACCUCGAACAUGGACAAAAUAACUAUCGCUGCGAGUGCAGCAAUCUGCGCCACGAUCGUGGUCGCAGUCAUCAUUUUCAUCGUGGCCAACCGAAGAAGAGCCAAAAAACUACACACCCUCCACACUAUCGAGCAAAGCACCAAAAUGAGUGGUCCGAUUACCGGUUUGCCGGUGAAUUGUUGCUCCAAUAUUGGCCCCACUCCCAGUCCAGGUGGUCCGUUAUCGUCGAUGGCGACGUUAAACGCUUUUAACACACAAAAGGAGUGGGACCAGGUGUCCGCUUACAGCAAUCGGAGCAUCCCGCGUCCAAGGAUCUUUCCCGUAGAUCGUCAAGGUUCCAUCACACGAGCUCCCUGCAUUGACGAUGUUCGAUCUCAAACGUCACAUUAUCCAAACAAAGUUUCCGGCAGAUCAGUUGCAGACGGCCAGUCUCAGCACAGCUUCUCCAACAAUUCAACGCGUUACUUCGCCAAUAGCGCUUUGGCUUCUAAUCUCGUGAAUACAAGGCCAGAACUACGUCAAUCGAGACAGUCCUUGGCUGCAGCAUCGGACAGGAUGUCACGGGCAAGUUACCCCGCGAGUCACUUGGCAGCGCACACUUCUUCGAGGCGACAACGACCGCAAUCGAGGAAUAGGACGCUUGAGCAACACCCUCCCCGACCUGGUAGCCGCUACAGUCUCGCAGAAUCGACUCACACCCUGAAUAAUUACGACGAGAACAACUGGACCGAUCACGAUAUGGAUAUAUACAUGGCACGCAAUCCGACUGCGAGAAGUGGUCUCGUGCCACUUUAAUGUCGUAUACCCUCAUUUUUUGUUUGCUGGGGAAAUCAAUAGACCUAAGAGAAAAAUACUGCCGUUUUCGCUCAAAAGGCUAUGGCUCCAUUUCCUUCG